CGCGCGUCACCGAGCAAGCCGCUACAAGCGCGCACCCUGCUCCUUGCCGUCAUGGACGCCUUUGAGGAUGAAAAUCCAUUCGAGGCCGACGCCGACCGGUUAGAGUCCGAGUCGUCGUCGACGUCAAAGGUCGACAUAUCGAAUCCCCCCUCACCACCGAUGGAUCUCUCGCGGCAGCUCGCGUCUCCUCCGUUGAAUAGGUCCUUUCCCAGUCCAAGCACACAACGGCAGACGACGAUGAACUACAAGAGUGACUACUGCUGUGCACGCGACCGUGAUCUGCACUCAGGGGACGACCUCGAGAUCCUGAUCACGGACGCGCAGAAGACGACGGUGGGCUCAGCGUCGCCCUACAUCGUAUAUGUGAUACAGACAGGGUCCGCUGAGGCGCGCCACCGCUAUUCCGAGUUCGAGUCCCUCCGCGUCAGCUUGUCGAAGCUCUACCCGACUCUUAUCAUCCCGCCCAUCCCCUCAAAGCAAAGCCUAGGCGACUAUGCUGUCAAGCAGGGGAAGGCGAAGGAGGACACCGUUCUGAUAGCUCGUCGCAAGCGCAUGCUCCAGACCUUCCUCAAUCGCAUCGGUCGCCACCCUAUCUUGUCUAACGAACACGUCUUCCACCGCUUCCUUGACGGCGAGGUGUCGUGGACGGAGGUCCUGAACUCCCCUCCACUGACUCUACUGCCGAAGAACAUCCUCAAGGCACCUUCACACAACCCCAUCGACGAGAACGCAUCCCCGGCCUACGCAGCACUGCCCAACCCCUCCGCUGCCCACCCACUACGAAAUCCCGACCAGCGCUUCAUGGACUCGGAGGCCUUCACCCAGAAGUUCGCCAGCCAUGUCAGCGGGCCCAUGGAGAAGGUGACGCGCCGUGUCAUCAAGCGCUGGGCCGACGCCGCCCAGGACCACGCCGACCUCGGUGCCGCGCUCAACGGCUUCUCCCUCAACGAGAGCGCCACCCUGUCCCCCGCCAUCGAGAAGGUCGGUCAGGCCGCGGACGCGACGUACAUGUCGACGACCAAGCUCGUCCAGGAGAUGGAGCAGCACUGGGCGGAGCCGCUGCACGAGUACGCGCAGUUCGCGGGCAUCAUCAAGAAGCUGCUGGCGUACCGGCACCAGAAGCACGUGCAGUACGAGAUGACGCAGGACGCGCUGGAUGCAAAGCGCGAGCAGCUGGAGGAGCUGGACAAGAGCGAGCGGGAGGCGAGGCGGCUGGAGGAGGCGCUGAAGCGUGGGGGUCGGACGACGACGCGAAGCACGUCAAGGGAGGGGCCGGCGGCGGAGGGGGCCGAUGAGGAUGAGGGGCCGUCUAGGGAGGGCGAGGGCGCGCAACAUCCUCCGCCACCGGACCCGACGGCGUCCUAUCUUCCGCCGCAUCCGGGUCCAAACCCUGCUGCCCGUCGGGGGCGCACACCUGGCAUGGGUCUCCUCAGCGCGCUCAGCUACACCCUGCAUGGGAUGAUGGACGUUGACCCGGAGACCGCACGGCGCAACAGCAUCACCAAGACCAGGGAGAACAUAUCGCAGCUCGAAGACGCCCUCCACCUCGCCGCGCAGGACCUCAAAUAUUCCUCCUCCACCAUUCAAGCCGACCUCGACCGCUUCCAGCGGCAGAAGGUCGCCGACAUGCGCGAGAUGUGCAUCGCGAUGGCGCGCGCGCACCGCGACUGGUGCAAGAAGAACCUCGAGGCCUGGGAGGAGGCGCGGAAGGAGAUUAGCAAUAUUCCGGACCACCCGAAUCGGAAGCCGGAGGGGGAGGGGCAGGCGGGUGCGGGUGGGGUAGGUGGAGGAGGGAUAGGUGGUGGAGGAAUAGGUGGAGGAGGAAUAGGUGGUGGAGGAAUAGGUGGUGGAGGAGGCGCAUCUGCACCCGCACCCGCACCAGCGUCCGCGCCGAAUGGGACCAGGAGGGACUCAACGGCGACGGUGAAUGGGCGUUGAAGCUAGGACGGAGAAGCAGAGUGACAAUGGCUCAUCCAGGUCGAAUGCUGCUUAUUGACCUUAUUUUUACGAUCACUACGCUAUUGAGGAAUAUCGAGGA